AUGGCUUUUCGUGUAAAAGACGUCUAUGCCGGCAACUCGGUGCUGCUCACCGGAGCCACGGGCUUUCUUGGGAAAGUCAUUGUGGAGAAGCUUCUAUGGACCAUUGACGACAUUGAGAAUAUUUACUUGAUGAUUCGGACUAGGAAAGGGAAGAACGCAAAAGAGAGACUGGCAGGACUCCUUCACGAUCCUCUCUUCUCUCGUCUUCGUCAACACAAGCCUGAAGCUUUUGAGAAGUUGAUUGCUGUCGGGGGAGAUAUGAUGGUGGAGAAUCUGGGAAUGGAUCCGGAUGAUGUGGAACUCAUAAGGGAAAAAGUAAGCUCACUAGCAUGAUUAUCUUGCUCAUUCAGAUGUUCAGGUGAACGUUGUCAUCCACAGUGCGGCUACUGUCAAGUUCGACGAACACCUCCGAGCUGCCGUGACAAUGAACGUCAUCGGAACGAAACGAAUCGUUGAUCUGUGCCACCAGAUAAAAAAUCUCAAAGUAUUUUUGUGAAUCAUCUUUGUUGACAGUACGCAAGCGUUUUAGGUCUUGGUGCAUGUAUCGACCGCCUACGCUAACUGUGAUCGAUUCGAGACCACGGAGAGGGUGAGCAGAGGAAUAAAAAAAAUGACAUUUGCAUGAAUGCUCUUUUUUUCAGAUUUAUCGCUCACCAAUGCCGCCACAAAAGUUGGUUGAUGCCCUCUCUUGGAUGGAUGACGAAACUCUGACUAAGGUUGGGGAAAGUGGAUCCAGAGAAUAUUGUAAGAUCAAUUUCAGAUCACUCCAAAGAUUCUGGGUCUCCGUCCCAACACCUACACUCUCACCAAAGCACUGGCAGAGGUAAGUUUCACAUUCUGUAUCGCUUCAGAACAAUUCGUGAUUUGUAGUCAACUAUCGAAUCCGAGGCGAAAGGAAUCCCAGUUAUUAUCAUCCGUCCUUCGAUUGUCGGAGCAAUGUGGCAGGGACCGCUUCCAGGAUGGACCGACAACAUCAACGGACCAACCGGAAUCUUUGCUGCUGUCGGCAGAGGAGUUCUGACGAACAUGUGCGGGAGCAGUGAAUCCAAGGCCGACAUUAUUCCCGUGGAUAUUGUUGCCAACAUAAUCAUCACUGCUGCCUCUUACAGAGAUUCCAUCAAGUAACCUGCAGAGUUAUGGACAAAAUUUUAUUUUCCGCUGUUUCCAGGCCACAGGAAAUUCCAGUCAUCCACUGUUCGUCAGGAGAGCUGAAUCCUCUCCUUUGGGGCCACAUCGUAGUGUUCUUGGAGCAGUUUUACAAGCAGUACCCGAUGGAGCAAUGUUUCGGAGUUCCAUCGACUUACUUCCACCAAUCGCGCUUUCUUUUCUUGUUAAGCUACUACUUGAAGCAUCAUAUUCCUGCGGCGGUCUCAGACAUUUCCGCCCGUUUCGUCGGAAAACGAAAGAAGUAAGUCAUAAAGAGCAAGACCUACAUAAAACCGGCCUUAUCAGCAAUGUCAAAUUGUACGGAAAAGUGUGGAAAAUGAUCGAGACGCUGCACUUUUUUACCACUCGCGGAUGGAACUUCAAUGCUAGUGGAAUGCCGGAGCUUUAUUCGAAAAUGACAGCGGAAGAUCAGAAGGAAUACAACUUUGACGUUCGUCAAGUGAACUGGAAUUCGUAUUUGUUCGAUUACGUGAUGGGCAUUAAGAAGUAUCUUUUGAAGGAGAAUCUGGAGAAUCUGAAAAGAUCUAGAGCGCAUUUGCUGAAGUCAGAGAAGAAUCUGAAGAUUGGGGAUAACAUUUUGCCAUUUCAGACUGCGCCUCCGUCGCCAGCUCAUUGCCGCUCUCGUGUAUGCCGGGGCAAUCGCAACAUUCGGAAGAAAAUGGAAGAAGACGACUCAGUACCUGACCUGGAUCGGGGCCAUGUUUGCCACGUACGCAUACACCGAAGUCAGCUACAGAAGACGCAUUCCUCUGAAAUCUCUGAAGGACUACGUGCAAUCCGUCGACUACGCUCGUUACUUGGAAAGCAGCUGA